UAGCCUCUCGUUUGAACCUGGGUUUCUUGCUCCAAAAAGAGACUCAGGCUAUGUAACACCAAUUUGUUACGCAAGGCUUUAGUCCAGUCCCAGACGGUUAGAAUUCAGCUCGUUGCAAGGUUGGCGGGUUAUCCCGACAUUUCGACUGUUCGGCCAAAUGUGGAUUCUUCAAGGUCAGCAAGGAAGUUCACAUUUGGAAAAUACAGGUAUUUUGCUAACGGUAGGAGUGGAUCAUGUAGUAGGAAGAAAGGAUUGCCCAAUUUUAAUACAAGGUGAUGCUUCUAUAAGUCGCAAGCACAGUGUUCUCACAGUUCAACACGAUGUGGCUCACUUGAAUGAUCCAAACAAAAGGUCACAAGUGGUUCUUCAGGACUGCUCCAAAUAUGGUACCUCUGUUAAUGGGGUUAAAAUCAGAGGAACAUUUAACUUGAAAAGUGGUGAUGAAUUAUUGUUUGGAAAAAAUAACAGCUAUUACAUGUUAAAGUACAGUCCUUUGAUUGUUUGUACAUCAUGUCUUGAUGAAAAAAAGAAAGAGGCUUUGAAAAGUGAAAUUCAUGAACUUGGAGGUCACUUAGUGAAUGACUGGAGGCAAGGAAUUGUGAGUCAUCUAGUGAUGGAUGAAUUGACAUUUACUAUUAAGGUCAUUCAUGCAUUAGCUGAGUGCAGGCCAAUUGUCAAGCCUUCUUACUUUGGAGAUGUUAUAGAAGCAGGGAAUAUAAGAUCCACUAUUCCUGCAGCUGAAAGCUACCUCCCACUCUUGAAAGAGGAGACUAUCAGUUCUCAAGAUGCCAGUUUUCUUCCCAAUGAGGCCAGAAAGACUUUGUUCAAAGGCAAAACAUUUAUUUUCAUCAGUAAAAAACAGUACAAGAGAGUACACUAUGCUGUGGAAUCAAGCGGUGGAAUCACUUUAUUGAGGGACAAUCCUGGGAGUGAGAAUGAUGACUUCUUGGUGUCAGGUAAUGUUUGUGUUAUGAUGGUGGACACAAAAGAUCAAAGUACACUACCUGUUACUUCUCAGCAGUGGAUUUUACAUGUUACUGAAACUCUAAGAAGAAACAAAUGUCGCCCUAUUCCUGAAUCUGAGCUAGGCUUGGCACUACUGUUUAUAUCUCUGGACAAGUACUGUAAUCCAAGCCUUGCAGCAGUUCCAUCUUUAACACAGAAUCUUGUGAGCCAGUCUUUUCAAGCUGUUGAAGUAAUGUCAGAGAGAGUUUACUCUGAACAACUUACAGUGCAGGAGUUCAAGAAACCACCAAUACCUGUGAGGGCCAAAAAAGAGGACAGAACCCAAAGUUCGAAUGUGCAGCAGAGCAGCAACACACUUAAGACGGUUAAUACUGGUGAAAAGAGGUCCACGAGUAACGAAAGAUUUGUGAACAGUUACAGUGUGUCGCCUGCAAAGAAAAGAAAAAUAAUGGAAGUGGAGAAUUCCUCGAGUUUGGUGGCCGAAUCAUUGGAUGUAAGCAAACAUGAAGAAAACAUAUGGGAUGAUGUUAAAUUAGCUCUGGAGGUACCUAACAGCGUUGUUGCGGACAGUUUGGAGGUGAAACGUAACUCCUCCAGGGAAAGUGACUUAAAACCCCAGGACAGAAAGGAUUUAAUGAACGGCAUUGACAAUGUUGCUGAUAUUGUGGAUAUUGGCGAGAAAAGUCACGUGAUAGUCGAUGAAUUACGUGAUUGUGAGGAAAUGUAUCUAAAAGAGGUCGAACAUGGUGGUACUCCGUGGCUUUGUACAAAAGAGGACUUGAAAUCAAAGGAAGUUGGAGAAAAAGAUAAAGGCUUCUUUUGUGAAUUGGUGAAACUACCUUUGGAGAUAGAAAAUCCAUCCAGCUUAGAAGCACAUAAUGAGGAAGGUACUGAGGAUAUGUGGAAAAAUCUAUAUGUUCCAGCUGGGUACCUUUGCUCUAGGGUUCCUCAAAAGGUGAGCAGAAAUGACGUGUUUCAAGAUGACGAGUCUCAUUUACCGAUGGAUUUAAUGGUGGUUAAUCAGAUGUCGCUUGUGGUGCGAACACAUAUUUCUGUUGCUGCUAUACAGAAGACACAGCAGAAUACCACUAACAAGAAUUUCAAGAAAUUUAAAAAGCAACUCUACCCAGGCUCUCGUAGCAGUCUCCCGCGCAUCAUUGGUGGAAGUGAUUUGGCUGUGCACCAGACCUCUGAGCGUUUGGAUAACGACGAGUGGUUCGUGGAGGCGAGAGAGGCCGACGUUGAACGACAAAGAGAUGAAAGAAGGGCAGAUGAAUUGUUCAGAUGGGAAGACAAGCCUACCAAAGUUAAAAGAAUAAGGAGAUGAUGUUAUCAUAAGUCGCAGAGUCAUCUUUAAGUUAUUCCAUAUAUGGGUUAUCUGUUUAUUAAAAUCCAAGGGAUUCAAAUAAAACGUUAGUUUCUUUAAUGCAUAUCUAAGAUAUUGGAGAAAAGAGAAAAAUAGCACUGAAGUAGAUAUUUGUAGCUUUUAAUUUUAUACGCUUUGCAUAACUUCAAAUAAACUAUUUUCGAACUGUUAUGUUCAACGUAA